AUGUCCCAUCGAGCGAACGAUUCAUCUACAGCCUGGUCAGGCUCGAAGCCCCAACGAGCGGCCGUCGCCUGCAGAUCCUGCAACUCGCGAAAGAUCCGGUGCUCGUUCGUGUUUUCAGGCAAUCCUUGCACAAACUGCGCCGCAGAUGGUAUUUAUUGUGAGAUUGCCAAGCGGAAAAAGCGCGCCAACCCAUAUCAAUUGGAAUCUAACGAAUUAAGUCUGCCGCAAACCUCUGUCACGAAAAAGCCACGACAAGAUCAUCUGGAGUCCGAGGCAACCGAUCCAUAUCUACUACACGUGAACGUGCCUCAUCAGCUAAACAGCCGCCCCGAUUCUUCAGCGCCUGAGCUAAGCCGGAACAACCUCCAGAACUUUGCAAAUGUCCGAAGUAGAUGGAGUUCCCAUCUGAUGGGAUCACUUCCAAGUCCAUCUUCCCAGUCUGACCUACAAUCUUCUUACCAUGCUACAAGCGAGGCUUUUGCGGAACCUAGCAUGAUGAGCCAAUUUGAGACCAGGGAAAAUACUGCCGACUACGGAAUAACGGCAAUGGAGCGCUCCAACCUGUACUAUCUAGGAGAUGACAGAGGGCCUCGUGGAUUCAUCUUGAACCUCCUCCAGGGCCAAGCCGACGAAAACAGACAUGUUUCCUUGCCCAUGCUGAUGAAAACGCUGAUUCCUGCGGAAGACAAGUAUCUGGAACACAGAGAAGCUCUCAGUUUACCGCCAAGUAAAAUACAAGACGCACUCAUCAGGUGUUACUUCCACUACGUCCAUCCGUUUGCGCCCAUAUUGGAUGUCGAUGACUUCCUUUGCCGCUACAAGGCAGGCAAUAUGAGCUUUCUUCUUCUCUGGAGUGUCUUUACCGCAGCAGGUAACUUUAUCGACGAAAAAACCAUCUCUGACGAGUUCGGGCUUUCACGAAUGGAUUUCAAACAAGCAAUGUUCCAGCGAGCGAAGGCUUUAUAUGACCUCGAGUAUGAAAAAGAUACAAUCUGCCUUAUACAAUCAGUGUAUUUGAUGAGCUACUGGGUUUCCGACGUUAAUGCACUUACCGGAUCUUGGCAUUGGCUCGCAAAGAUUCUCACGACAUCAUACACCGCCCAAUGCUCAAACUUAACGGAAGAACAACUGAAGCAAACCGAGCGUGAAAUUCGCAAUUGUAUUCAAGGGCUGCCGAGUGAUAACCAAAAGAGCCAAAUUGUCAAGAUACAUACAACGCAGAUACGUUUAUAUCACGAAGCGACCAUUAUUAUAUUAUAUCGUCCUGGUAUUAACAAAAAGCAAGGCCAACCGUUUGUUGACGAUACAAAAUCGUUGGAAAAACUCUGUCUUCGAAAUAUGCGGUCUGCGGCGUUGCGCGCUACUCAUCUGAUAAAUAUCUUGAUGGCAGAUGGCUUUGCUGCCAAUGCACAUGUGCUCACAAUUAUUGCCAUCGUGCCUCCCAUGCAAAUGCAUUUGUAUGAUUUAUUGUCUGGAAGCUCCACGACAAGGCAGGCGGGCGAGCAUAACUUACAGCUCUGCAUGGUUUUACUAGAUCAUCUACGCCGAGCGCAUGCCUCCGCAGACGCGACAUGCAACGUUUUCGAGAAAGCUUUCAAGAAGAUCAAGCUCAAGCAAGACUUCAAUAUGUCUGAUGAACUCGUAUCUUUCUCGACACAUGAAAGUGGCCCUUUUCUUGAUGAAGGGUUCUGGCGCGGUUCUGAUAACAUUUUCGGUUUUCUUAAUGCAACCACGCUGUUCUACAACGAAAAAUCUCCAGGUGCUGGCUAA